GAGAGUCUACAAAAACUCAGAGACGAAGAACGAAAGAGAUGAUGAAGAAGGCGAAAGAAGGGUCGACGAAUCUGUUUGGCUCACCGACGUUCGUUGAUAUAGGGAACGGACGGCUCAGAUGCGUCGAGACCGGUCACGAGGUUGUAGCCGGAGAGGAAGAAUCAUACGCUCGUAACAAACGAUGCCGUUUGGGACUCAUCGAUCAUGCUUUAUCUCAGGGGAAAUCUCCUCUCAACAUGUUCUCACAAUGUCCAAUUUCUCGUUCGAAACUCGUGUGCAUGCUCACGGGAGAUACUGUGAACAAGAAUGAGGAACAUAUCUGGAAACACGUGAACGGGAGAAGAUUUCUUCACAAAUUAGAGCAAGUGGAAAGAGGAACUGGAUCAAGUGGAAAGACCGAGAAAACACAAGUAACCAAACCAAGACGCGUUAAGGAAGAUACUGAUUCCGAUGAAUCAGAUUUUUGGAUGCUUAAGUCAAGUUCUGGUUCAGAGUCAGAGCAAGAGAGUGAUGAUGGAAACUACAAAGAUUCUCAUUGUGAUGCCAAAGAAUCUGAGGAGCUCUCAGAAAGAACAAAGAGAAUGUCAUUAGAGAUCGGACCAAGUAGCUUUGCUUCAAGGAAGAAAAAGAUUAGGAAUGAUUAGUCGUGUUAAAGGAUUAUUUCGGGAACAAUUGUGUUUAUAAAUAAAAGUUCUUUUCAAAUGAUGUGAGAAUCUCCUUGCUACUAAAUUGCAAAUCCGAUUCAUUCAUUACCAUAGGCUCAAGUCAAAUCCAAAGAAGAAACAGAUGCAAAAAAAAAA